AUGACGCUUAUCCGCGGCAACCAUGAGUCCCGUCAAAUCACCACAGUAUAUGGCUUCUACGAUGAAUGCCUGCGGAAAUAUGGAAGCGCAAACGUAUGGCGAUAUUGCUGCGAUGUGUUCGACUAUCUGGCCCUCGGAGCCAUUGUCCUGGGCGCAUCCAACACACUGUCCCCCGCAUCAGGACCAGUUGACGAAGAGACCGAGAUUGAAGUGUGCGACCAGAACGGCUCCAUCAUGAGUCGGUUCCCUCGCCAGCGCCAGCAGUCUUCUCGGCCCAGCAGUUCCCAGGAACAAGGCGCAAACGGCAGCGGUCCCGCGGGGCAGACCGGACCUCCCGGCUCAGGCGCCUCGGGCUCCAGCAAUGGCAGCGUGGGCAACCCAGCCGGAGCAGUGCUCUGCGUCCAUGGCGGCCUAAGCCCCCUGAUUGAUACAGUCGAUAAGAUCCGCCUGAUCGAUCGGAAGCAAGAGGUCCCCCACGAGGGCGCCAUGUGUGACCUGCUGUGGUCCGACCCCGACGAUAUCGAUGGCUGGGGACUAUCACCGCGCGGUGCAGGAUUCCUCUUUGGCGCUGAUAUUGUCAAGGUAUUCAACCACCGAAACGACCUGAGCCUCAUUGCUCGCGCACAUCAACUCGUCAUGGAGGGCUUCAAGGAAAUGUUCGACGCCUCGAUUGUGACGGUCUGGUCGGCUCCGAAUUACUGCUACCGCUGUGGCAACGUUGCUGCCGUCCUGGAGCUAACCGAAGACGAGUCUGGCACGGGCGUCUUCUCCCGCAGCAACGGUGAGGUGAACAGGAGUGAUGGCGGGCGAGGGGUAAUGAUGGAGUCGAAUGGGAUGAUGAAGAGCGGUCCUGCAAGACGGUAUCGUGUGUUCCAGGCAGCACCGCAAGACUCACGGGGUAUGCCCGCUAAGAAGCCCGUCGCAGAUUACUUCUUAUAG